UACAAAGCCCAAAAUCCGAGUCUCCUUUCUGCCCGUUUUCUCUGAGAGACCCACUUGAUUUUCAUAUCACCACAACACAUCCCACUGCCACUGCCACUCUCUCUCUCUCGUCUUUUUAUACAUUCUCUCUCGCAUCAGUCUAAAAAGUAACAAAGAUCAGAGAGACAACCAACAAUUUUGGGCAGCAAAUUUUCGGCAAAGUCAAUAUAUUCCAAAACCAAAGCAAUCAAAUUUAUCCCCACUCCACUUGCUACUCUACCACCACCAUGGUCGACGUCGACCGGAGAAUGACCUCUCUCAACCCGGCUCAUGUCGCCGGCCUCCGCCGCCUUUCCGCCCGUGCCGCCGCCUCCGCCGCUCCACCUCCCUCUGCCCCUCUUCCCGCCCGCAACGGCCUCAUCUCCUUCACUACUCUCGCUGUCAAAUUCAUCACCCACCUUAGGAACUCCGGAAUCCAAGUCCACCCCGGCUUGUCCGACGCCGAGUUUGCCCGAGCCGAAGCUGAGUUCGGCUUCGCAUUCCCUCCUGACCUCAAAGCCGUACUCUCCACAGGCUUGCCCGUCGGCCCCGGCUUCCCGGACUGGCGCUCAUCCGGGUCCGCUCGGCUUCACCUUCGUGCCUCCAUCGAUCUACCCAUUGCCGCAAUCUCAUUCCACAUCGCACGCAACGCUCUCUGGUCAAAGCGUUGGGGACUCAGACCCUCCGACCCAGAGAAAGCCCUCAAAAUCGCCAGAAACGCAAUCAAACGAGCGCCCCUUUUGAUACCCAUCUUCAAUCAUUGCUACAUUCCCUGUAAUCCCUGCUUAGCUGGAAACCCCAUCUUCUUCAUUGACGAGAAUCGAAUCUUUUGCUGUGGUUUCGAUCUCUCUGAUUUCUUUGAUCGCGAGUCUUACUUGUUCAACAACUCAGACCCUCAGGUCCUAUCAAAACAACGAUCAUUCAACGAGAAAUCUGCCGGGUCGUCAUCCAAUUUUUCUCGGAGAAGCCUCGACGCCGUGACCGCCGGUAGAACCCCCAGAUGGGUUGAGUUUUGGAGCGACGCCGCCGUGGAUCGGCGGCGAAGGAACUCUAAUUCGUCUUCUUCCUCCUCGUCCCCAGAACGGUACUUCGACAUGCCCAGAUCCGAAAUGCCAAAAUGGGUCGACGAGUACAUUGACCAGAUCGGGUCGGUGUUGAGAGAAGGCGGGUGGGACGAAUCGGACGUCUCCGAAAUCGUACACGUGUCGGCCUCUGGGUUCUUCGAAGGCGAGAUGGUUCUGUUAGACAACCAAGCGGUCCUCGACGCUCUGCUCCUGAAAGCGGAUCGCUUCUCGGAUUCGCUCCUGAAAGCCGGGUGGAACUCCGACGAGGUCUCGGAAGCGUUAGGGUUCGAUUUUCGACCGGAGAAGGAAAGGAAACCGGCCAAGAAGCUGCCCCCGGUUCUCGUUGAACGAUUCGGCAAACUGGCUGAGUCGGUUUCACGGUCAUGAUGAUGGAUUUUUACCGGCAACUGGCAGAUACGAGAUUCUUUUGGGUUUUUUUUUUUAAUAUUUUUUUUAUUAAAAAAAAAAAAUCUAGGCGGUUUCGCUGUACUAUGAAAGCUGUAUAAAAAAGAUUAAAGAGUUCAAAAUACUUGAUUGCUAGGUAUUUAUAUUGAAAUAAUUUUUUUUAAAUUUAUAUAUGUAUCACAAAUUUGUUAUUGUUGUUUGGUAAAUUGUUUGUAUAUAUUAUGAAGAAAUGAUAAUGCCAUGUUGUAUGUUGGUGUCA